CAUAAAACAGAUAUAGAAAAAGAAACUAAUAAGAUAUUGGCGCUAACACAUUAUGCAAGGUGUUUCGCCGGGCUUCCCGUCCAAUUAUUAGUGUGUGUCAUGUUGCUACACAAUUUAUGGGAUCCCAAGUUUCACAACGCAUGCAAUUGGUGCUGGCACUCCUCGCUCUGUACUUAAAUGGCUCAACUGGCAUUUGGUGAGCCCUAGCAGCAUAGAUUUUCAGCCCCGAAUUUACCACCCGUAUCUCGUCUUAGUCAUCUGUCAUCAUCGACUGGGUACUCGGGUUUAUCUGCACUCAAAUCAUAGACAUUUAAACGAUUGCCCUGAUCUUCAUCAGAAGAAGAUGGUUUCAUCCAUCGCACAGUCAGGGACUAGAAGAAUAAAAAAAAAAAUUGCAGCCGCUUGCUUCAAGGCAGAAACCCACUUUUAUUCAAUUGCCUGCACCUCCACUUUUCACAAAAACUAGUAUCUAAUUUUCUAUCCAUAUGGGGAUUGAAUGGCAUCCCUGAUGGUGAGUCUAGCUUUGAAACUCAAUACCAAAUAAAACUUAUAAUAUCGAUGACAGUUAAUUCAGCACUGGCUUUUAAUAAAAGAAACUAUUUUUUUUUUAUAAAAAUUGUGGGUAGAAUGUAUUGAAUACAAGCCUCGAUAUUAGUGGAUUAGUCGAUUCCGUCCUCCCCCAUGGCACGGAGCUAGCUAUCCAUGCCACUGAUUAUAUGUAAAUAUAUUCCUUGAAGACCAUCGGAGAAAAUAAUAACUUCUUCGAUUUCAAAAUAAUUUUAGAAAUUGCAUAGUUUAUAUACAUACAAAAACUUAGACUAUUUUAAGUUCGUGUGCUUGUUUUAAAUUGAAAUCUUAAUAAAAUGCAACAGUAUGAAAAUGUGAUAAGAACGCAAAUUGUUGCCACCUGUGAGCAGCAAACUGAAUUUGUACAGCCAAGAAGUGGAGAAAAUACAGCAACUUGCUUCAAGCGGAAAGAUAAAAAGCUUGAAGGCCUCAAAUAUGUGGCCGAUACACCACAUUUUCCGGAAAAUGAAGAACCCAAUAUCUUGGGCCAUGGCACACCAGUGGUUGAAAAAUCUGAUCCAUUGGUCACAGAAAAGCUGAUGAAAGUGAAAACGCUGUUGGAUUUUGAAGAAACCCUCCGCAUUAUUUAUUCUGUGAUUGCUUUAUGCAUGUUUGGCUUGGCGAUGCUAGUGCAAAUUCCCAAGCUGAAUGUCUCAUUGGAUGCGAAGAUUGCAGUGCUGGUACUGUGGGCCGCCUACGGCAUAAUACCGUUGGCGCACUGGACUUAUGUGAUGGGUGGAUUCGACAACGAGUUGGUGCGGCUAAUGGUGCCACGCAUAAUUAUCAUGUACGGCUGGUGUGCUCUCGCCUUCGUCAUCUAUGCUGCGAAGAUACCCGAACGUUGGCUUACCGGUAAAGUGGACUAUGUUGGACAUUCUCACAAUUGGUGGCAUCUAUUCAUUUUGGCUGCUUUCUAUCACUGGCACAAUACUGGUAUUGUGUAUGCGGAAUAUCGUGUGAAUAACGGUUGCAGUCUGCCCACAUUAACGUAGAUCGUUAAACUUUAACUAAAUUUUAUUGUAAUAUACAUUUUUUUGUUUAUGCACAACGCGUGGGCAUAUCUGUGAAAAAAAUGAAGUUAUUACUUUGUGAUUUUGGCCUACAAAGCAUUAAGUGAGGCACUAAAAUACCGGCUAGUUAUCAUGGUACCUUCAUCCAAACAAAAGCAUAUGAAUUCCUUUGUACUUAGUUUUAAUUGCAAAUCUAGUUCACUUACUCAUUAUUUAGUUUUAAUGCACAUUUGUAAAUAAUUAUAUUCGAAAUAUUUAGAAAAAGAAUUUAUUAGUUGUUUGCGAAAACUUUGUUACUUCUGUGAAAAUAGCAAAUAAAGUUGUAUAGAAAAAGACAUUAUCUAUAAGCUAAAUGUCCAACGGUAUGU